AGAGAGAGAGAUGGGGGGAGGAGAAGAGAAAAGAGGGGAAGAAGAUGUUGGUCUACUGUUUAAGACUGUAGAGGAAUCAAAGGGGAGAAGAAUAGGAUACAAAAUAUUUGCAGGGAGCAUAUGGGUGGGGAUAGUGAUGGUGUGGGUUUACAGGGUUUUGCAUAUCCCAAGAGGAGGAGGAGGAGCAGAAGGGAGGUGGGCAUGGGUUGGAUUGUUCGGAGCAGAGCUUUGGUUCGGUUUCUAUUGGAUCAUCACCCAAUCCGUUCGUUGGAAUGUUGUUCAUCGUCACAUCACCUGCUUCAAGGAUACCUUUUCUCUCAGAUAUGAAGACAAACAACUUCCGUGCAUAGACAUCUUCGUGUGUACAGCGGACCCUGUGAUGGAACCACCAAUUUUGGUGAUAAACACUGUUUUGUCUGUAAUGGCAUAUGAUUAUCCACCGGAGAAGUUGAGUGUUUAUCUCUCCGAUGAUGGAGGCUCUGACCUAACUUUCAAUGCUCUCCUUGAAGCCUCUCGUUUCUCUAAGUAUUGGAUACCCUUUUGCAACAAGUACAAGUGGGAGCCUAGAUCACCUGAUGCCCUUUUUGCUAGUGGAAUCUUCACAUCCGACGGUGAUCACUUCCCCAGGGGCGACGAAUGGUUGGUCAUCAAGAAAUUAUAUGAAGAUAUGAGGAAAAGGGUCAUGUCGGCAUCUGAAUUAGGCAGAGUUCCAGAAGAAGUGAGGAAACAACACAAAGGAUUCUCAGAAUGGAAUGCUGGAGUAACUAAACGUGAUCAUCACACCAUUCUUCAGAUGCUAAUUGAUGGAAGAGACCCAAAUGCAGUGGAUAUUGAAGGAAUCUCUUUGCCAACUUUGGUAUACUUGGCACGUGAGAAGAGACCCCAAUAUCCUCACAAUUUCAAGGCUGGUGCCAUGAAUGCCUUGAUACGGGUGUCGUCGGAGAUAAGUAAUGGGGAAAUCAUACUCAAUGUGGACUGCGACAUGUACUCAAAUAAUUCAGAAACAUUGAGAGAGAUAUUAUGCUUCUUCAUGGAUGAAGUGAAUGGUCAUGAGAUAUCUUAUGUGCAGUUCCCACAGAACUAUUAUAAUGUCACAAAGAACGAUAUUUAUUGUAAUGCAAAUAGGGUAGUCAAUGAGUUGGAACUUGCAGGUAUAGAUGGAUAUGGAGGGGCUCUGUAUUGUGGCACUGGAUGUUUUCAUAGGAGAGAGGCUCUUUGUGGAAAGAAAUACAGUAAUGAGUGCAGAGGAAAACAGAACAGAAAGAUUGAAAGGAAGGCAGAAAGGAGUAUCAGUGAGGUAGAAGAGAAAUGUAAGGCCCUGGCAAGCUGUACUUAUGAGAUGGGUACCCAAUGGGGAAAAGAGAUGGGUUUGAUGUAUGGGUGUCCAGUGGAGGACAUAAUAACAGGUUUGGCAAUCCAAUGUAGGGGUUGGAAACCCAUUCAUUACAAUCCAGAUAGACCUGGCUUCUUAGGAACUGCUCCAACCACAUUGCUUCAGCAUCUGGUACAAUUCAAGAGAUGGUCUGAGGGAAUGUUCCAAAUUUUCCUAUCUAAGUAUUGUCCCUUUCUAUAUGGGCAAGGUAAGAUAAAACUAGGCCUCCAGAUGGGAUAUUGUGUCUACUGCUUAUGGGCUGCUAAUGCUUUGCCUACACUCUACUAUGUGUUUGUCCCUUCUCUCUGCUUCUUUAAUGGCAUUUCCUUGUUCCCAAAGAUGUCUAGCCUGUGGUUUCUACCAUUUGCAUAUGUAUUUGUGGCCAAGAAUGUAUACAGCCUAGCUGAGGCACUGUGGUGUAAAAACACAGUAGAGGACUGGUGGAACCUCCAGAGGAUGUUGUUGAUUCGGAGGACGACUUCGUAUCUUUUUGGCUUCGUCGACACCAUUUUCAGGCAACUGGGUUUUUCCCAAACAACAUUUGUAAUCACAGCCAAAGUGGAUGAAGAGGAGGCAUCCAAGAGAUAUAAGCAAGGGAUCUUCGAGUUUGGGGCCUCUUCUCCUAUGUUUACUAUCAUAGCAACAGUAGCUUUGUUCAACCUUUUUAGCCUGGUUGGGGGAGUAAAGAGGAUAGUUAUGGGAAUGGGAGUAUGGGCUGUGGAGCAAUUCAUCUCACAAAUUAUUAUUGCUGGCCUUGUGGUUGCCAUUAACAUCCCCAUCUAUGAAGCACUCUUCAUCCGCAAAGACAGGGGACGCAUGCCCACCUCCACUACAGUUGCAUCGCUUGUUUGUGCUUCACUGCUAUGCCUCAUGCCGGUGUAUUAGAAUACAAUUAAUGUUCUAUCUUUUUUCUUCAUUUUC